UUCAAUCACUAGACACUUCAGUCCCAUGAAUACAGUUUUCCAAUAAUAGUAAAUAGUAGGUUUCACGCCAAAUUGAACUUGGUUCGUAAUGUAGGUUGCAUCUUCCCUGGUUGCUAGUGUAAACAAACUUUGCCCAAGCUGACGAGCUUUGACUAGGAAUAACUAAGCCACAAUGACGUACCCUGAGGAGGAGGAGUUGUUCGAUGGAUGGUGGACCUGGCUGUAUGGACCACAGAAACAUAAAGAUGAAGUUCGGGCAUCAGAAGAAGAUCUAAAAGGCGCACUUCUGGUUUCCUCAAUCAACCUUGAGAUUGCUGAGAACGUGUGCACCCACCACACUGAUCAGUAUGAUUGUACAGAGUCUCGCGAGGAGGACGGGAAGACAAAAGAGGCGGAGCUUGUUGUGAGACGAGGACAAGAGUUCAAUGCCACUGUCACCUUUCAACGACCUUACAAUAAGGAGAAAGACGACCUCCAGUUUUUCUUUUCAACUGGUGAAAAUGGGGACCGCUAUCCAGAAACUCACGGUCGAUUCAUGCUUGACGAGGAUGGAAAACCGAACUUCAAGGCUAACGAGUGGGGAGGUUGUCUUGUCAACAAGAAAGACAAAACUUUACAAAUCCAGAUUCAUAUCCCUGCAAACUGUGCAAUUGGGAAAUGGUCAUUUAGUGUGGAUACCGUGACAAUCUUGGAAGAUUCAAAGACAAAGACGCUGCGAUACGAGAAUCCUGAUGAUUUCUACAUUCUGUAUAACCCAUGGUGUAAAGAUGAUCAGACGUACAUGGCGGACUCUAAACUGUUGGAGGAGUAUGUCCUUAACGACCAUGGGUGUGUCUAUAGAGGCAGUGCCUGGGCACCAAAGGCCAAGGAGUGGAACUUUGGACAGUUUGAGAGUGGUAUUCUGGAUGCCAGUCUCCAUGUGAUGAACAUGUGUGUUGGAGGUUAUAAACGACAACUUCUGGCAGACCCUAUCAGAGUAGCACGCUUCAUUGCAAAAAUUGUCAACAGCCAAGGUGAUAAUGGUGUGUUGGCGGGAAAUUGGAGUGGAAAAUACGAGGGAGGAACCAGCCCUUGUGACUGGUACGGAAGCGUGCGCAUCCUACGUCAGUACAUGGAAACCAAGUGCCCUGUCAAGUAUGGACAGUGCUGGGUCUUCUCCGGGGUAGUUACUACAGUUUGUCGUGCGCUAGGUCUACCUGCUAGAAGUGUGACAAAUUUUAAGUCAGCCCAUGACACUGACGAGAGUGUCACAAUUGACGUCUACUACAAAUAUGAUGAGAAGAAAAGAUUGGUCAGGGAUAAGAUGAAAACAGAUGACUCAAUAUGGAACUUUCAUGUUUGGAACGAAGUAUGGAUGUCUCGGCCUGACAUUCGAGGAAAUGAUCGAGGCAUGUUUGAUGGUUGGCAGGUGAUUGACUCAACACCACAGGAACGCAGCGAAGGUGUUUUUACAUGUGGCCCGUGUCCAGUGUUCGCCGUAAAACAUGGGAUGGUUCGAGUGCCAUAUGACACUCCGUUUGUUUUUGCGGAGGUGAACGCCGAUCAAUGCUUUUGGAAGCCUGAAUGUGGCAGCGGCUACAAGAUAUACAAAGUGAAAAAUGAUAGUGUUGGGGCGCAAAUCAGUACGAAGAAGGCUGAUGGAAAACCGUAUGACGCCAAUGCCUGGUUUGAUUUAGCUCGUAAAGAUAUCACAGACAAUUACAAAUUCCCUGAUGGAUCAGACGAAUCUCGCAGGGCUGUAAUGAGGGCCGCACUUGGAGCCAGGAAACCCAAGGACGCUUACACAGGCAACACAGAUAAAGAUGACAUUGUGUUCAAACUACUGCACAAGCCGGAUCUUUCUCUGGGUCAAGAUGUUGAAAUAACCCUGUUGGCCAAAAACGUCAGCGAUAACAACCGUGACAUCAACAGCGUGACGUUCCAAUUCUUAAAGGAGAAAUAUGACGGACACACAUCUAAGAGGCCGUUCAAGGUCAUCGAUCUGAACGAUGAAGUUGACCUUAAACGUGGUAAAGAGCAUAAGUUCACAGUAACGCUUAAGGCCUCAGAGUACAUGAAUGAAUUGGAUGAGGACCGCUGUAUGUGCAUCCAGGCGUAUGCCCUCGUUGAUAAAACCUGGUCACAUCCACAACAGAACUGCAUUAAACAACACUCUGUGGACUUUGGUGUCCCUACUUUACAGGUCAAGAUUCCAUCAGAUGUGAAGUGUGUCUCGCAGUUUGAGGUGCAGGUGACGUUUAAGAAUCCACUGAAGGAGGAGCUUACUUCCUGUAAGGCGGGCUACGAAGGGCGGGGCUUUCCCCAUGUUGUAGGAGUAAAACAGGACAAUGUGCCAGUGGGUGGGGAGUUCAAGGCUUGCUUCCAGCUGAAAGGGGAGAAGAAGGGGAAGUUUACCCUGACCUUCAAGUUCACCUCCAAACAGCUCAAGUUCCUGUCUGGUUCUGCUCAGGUUAAGGUCAACUAAAAUGACCUUCGGUUGGAACUCAUGGACUUGUAAACUCUUGUACAGAACAUCUUUGGAAACUAACUAACAUUCUAACACGACACAGUAUACAUUUUAUGUAACUUUUUCAUCCAACAACUAUAAAAAAUAAAUCCAUGUUGGAGAAAAACAUCAUGAUAAUGAUAUCAUAUCCUGUUUACCUGUUACCUUGCUACUCAAUAAAAAUAGUGCCAAAUUAUUUUUUAAACAUUAGUAUUGCAAUAGACAUAUUUAUCAUCUUUGAAAUGGAAAUGGUAAAUGUGGUACCUUGUGUAGUUGUCUGAAGUAGCAUGGUAUGUAAUUCAGGAGCUAGAAAUAAAUCCACUUUUGGCAAAAUCGCUCAUGUUUUAAUUCAUACGCAUUGAAACUCUCAAUCCAUGUUUCAUUUGACAAUGAAAUAUGGUAACAAAUCAAGUAUUUCACAAAAACGAAUUAUUUUAUCACUUCUGAUAAGUUUUACAUUGAAGUGUUAGGUGGGCUCUCACGCUGUUAACAGACGAUAUUUGCAUAGAUUUUUUUGCUGUCUGGAGUCUCUGGAGGCUUGAUUCCAAUUUUAAAUAGAAGUGCAUAUAUAACGUAGAAUAGCAAUAUUGAAAGAAAAACAAAUGUAAAAUAAUUUUUAAGUGUGUUAUCUGUGUACACAUCCAUUCUUUACUGAUCACAACAUUUACAUGUAUCCAGUUCAAUGUUGUUGUUUUUUAUUAAAUGUUUUUCUUUUGAUAAUAGAUUUUAUAUUUGAUGAUUUCAUGCAUCAUUAUUGUUUACAGGAGUAUUUUGUUUAUCCUAACUGCUACAUUUAGUUUAGCGAAUCUUCACUUAUUGUCUUGGUUAAUAUGAUUAUUAAUAUGCUGAUCUAAAUCGAAUGCCACAAACUGGUUGGUGUUUAUAGGGGAGCAGUUUACUUCCAAUAAAACUAGCCGAACCUGAGAAUAUCUUUUUCACAUCUGUAACAUAAUUACAGUAUUUGUACUUCCAUCAAAAAUAUUUUGUUAUUUAAGCAGUGUGUUUGACUAGAUUAAAGUGAUUUACAAAUGGAACUUUUUUAAAUGUGUAUAAUAACAUGCUUUUACAAGUUUUCUCUUUUAAAAAUAAUAAAUACUCACAUCAAUAGA